ACGUGUCGUGCCUUUGAAUGUGCCCAGUGAAUUUCCCUUAUCGGUCCUAAGGAGCACGGAGACAGUACGGAACUGCUGCUUAGGGGGGAUAUGCUUUAAAGCUUAAGUGGCGAGAAAUGGAUUCCAGUCCGGAGAAAACGACCAAAGAGGUCGAUAUUUAUCGCGACACAUGGGUCCGCUUCUUAGGCUACGCUAACGAAGUGGGGGAGGCCUUCCGCGCCCUGGUGCCCGUGAGCCUGGUGUGGGCCACCUACGCCGUCGCCACCGCAUACGUCUCCGCCGACGCCAUGGACAAGGGCAAGAAAGCAGCCGCGGAGCACGGGGACAACCCGGGCCGGACACCGCGCGUGGCCGCGGCGGUGGUGGACACCUUCGUGUGGCAGGCCCUGGCCUCGGUGGCCAUCCCCGGCUUCACCAUCAACCGCGUGUGCGCCGCCUCGCUCUACCUGCUGGGGCGCACCACGCGCUGGCCCCUCCCCGUCCGCAAGUGGACCACCACCGCCAUCGGCCUGUCCACCAUUCCCUUCAUCAUCACGCCCAUCGACAGGUCUGUGGACUACCUCCUGGACUCCAGCCUACGCAAGGUGUACGGGGGGGGCCCCAAGCACGAGCCGUAGGGCCCGAACCGGGCCCCACUCAUCUCAGGUCAGUCCGACGAGCGCACUGCGAGCCAGCCGGGACCUUCAGAGCCAUCGGCCCCCCUCAGCCAACCACAGAGAGCGAGAAAACUCUGCUCUGAGCUCAAGAUCCAAAAUGGCGUCUGUUUCAUCGGUCCGUCUCAUAUUUAAAUCAUCCACACGUGCACCUGUUUGACUGAGCUGAUUUUCCCUAUGUAAAACCAAUGUACGAUGGCGUAAAAUACUAUAUUUUUUGCACAAACUGUGGAAUAUAUAGAAAAACUGCAACUUCUGAUGUAAAAAAAUUAUAUUUUUUAAAGUGACAGUAGUUUAUAUAUUUUGCAAAAAUGUGUUUUUACAUUUUUUUUCUCUUAUGUCUUGAGUUUGUGGUUUUAGCAUAUAUUGGCAUCUAUCACUUUUUCAUAAGGGAAUUUUUUUGUUUGUUGGUUUUGUUCUGUGGGUUUACGCUGCCCCGUCUGUCUUCCAAAAACGUUUUUCAUCGCGUGCGACUCUUUCGUGAACUUCCCUAAACUUCCACACAGCUGGCUCUGUUGUUACAGAGUUGCAUCAUGGUGAGGGUUUGCAUGAUGACUUGUUGCUUUUUUUUUUUUUUUUCGUGGGAGGCAGUUCUCCAGGAACGUUCAAGGUUCCAUCACAGCGCUGACCAGAGGAACCUUACAGGCAGCAGAACCUUACCUCUGCCGUUAUCGCACAACGUUAGCUAUCAUUGUGCAGUAAUACCUUGCUUACCACUGCCCCAGGUAGAUUGUUCAUGUACCCUCGUGAACCCAUAAAUGGAGUCAAAAACCUGCAAGUAUCAGGGAAUUUCCGCUACUCUGCGGUUGUACAAUGCUAAACAAACAGCAAAAAUCUGUGAGGUAACUUGAAUCUCCCAACUUUUUUGACUUGGUGAACUUGUACUGCAACUUAAAACGUUUCUUUUUUGUAUGGGUGGGAUUGUUUAAUCUAUAGCUUUUUAUGUGCUGUGAUAUCAAAGAGUUUCUAGAUCGGGAACCCCAAAUCCUCUCUCCUCUCUCGUCGGCAAAGAAUUAUGCAGCCAGGAAACCUGUCUAUAUAUUGCAAAUGCGGCCCGUUUUAGCACAAAUUUGAUUAGGGUUGCCAUUAUCUGGAGUGCAUCCACUAUGCUAAGCGAGGUAUUACUGUACUGAACCCAUUAUUCUGCUCAGAACGGCAUGCUGAGGCUUUCCCGUGCACUGGGGGGGGGGGGGGCGCAGGGUGCAGGGGGGUUCUGUGGACAUGUCUGGCUGUGAGUAAGGGGAAGAUCAGAUCCUCUUUAAAUAAGGGAGAACGCAGCCGUGCGCUCUGUUCACAAAGCCCGCUUAACCGCGCGACUGCAUCUGCGGUGAAGAGGAGUUUUUUUUAAAAAGCAGAAUUGUGUUGUAAACGAGGGUUGUUGGCUCGGCUGCGUGCGAAACCUCUCUUUCUAAGAGCGUCGUUAAUCCACGCUAACCGACGCUCUGGAGUAAACGUCAGGUUUUUAAGGUUUACUCGCAAACAUUUUGGCUGUGACCAGACAAUCAGUUCCGCUUCUUCCUCCGAUCCCUGCUUCUCGUAAUUACGAGGUCCCGGUCGCUCUGAAUCACAGUGUUUCGGUAUGGAUGUAAUUUUUUUAAGCCACGCCCUUUCAUUUAAAAAAAAAUGCACAAGGAGCCAGCCAAUCAGAAAAACUUUUCGGCAGAGACAAAAAUGUCAGCGUUGAGCACACAGGGCUAAAUUUGUGGUCGCUGUACAGAAGAUUUUGCGGCCUCUCUGCGGUCUUUUGCUAUAGGCCGCCUGCGGGGCUGUUGUAUGUCAAACACUGUUAUGAAGUCACGGGCUUCGAUUCCGCACGGCUAGUCCAAGCCAGCGCAGUUUAACGUUCUGUGAACUUCACGUUAAAGCACAGCUAUCCUGUGCUGUAAAGGAGGGAAAUAACUUCCUGCUGAGACAGGAAAUGACUGUAACGAGCCAAAUUGGGGGAAAACCGCUCGGGUAGUCUGCGCACCACAGUUGAUACUGUGAAACCUGCAAUAAAGAUGCAAUGCACAGCAGAGAGUUUGAAAAGCCAUAUCCUGUACGAGUGCAAUAUGCUGUGUACCUUUUUUAAGUACUGUAGAAGGGAAAAUCUGAGUUCUGCUUCCUCUUCUGAAACAGAAACAGGAAGUAGAAUUUUCGUGUCACUCUUUGUGAAACCGAUUGUUAUCGUAUUUUUAAUUGUCCCCGUCUAUAGUGUUUAGAUGUGCAAGUCAUAUCGGUGCUCUGGCUAUGCUGAAUAAUGUCUCUUUAAAAAGUCUUUUUGUUUUUAUGAACAUGGCUGUUUUGUCUCCACAGGUAUUUUACAUCAUUGUUUAAGAUGUGUGUUUUAGGGAUCAAAGAACUUGUGGCGAUUCAAACAAUGCUGACCAACAUUGCCCAGUAACAGAUUUGAAACACUUGCAUUUCAUUAAAUUUGUAACAUUUUUCAUUUAUGUCCACUUUGGAGUACAUUUAAAAAAAGUUGUUCAGUUUAUUAAAUAUGCAUGUUUUUGUGCCAUGUUAUGUUUCAGAGUACCCUUCGGUUGAAUUGCCCCUUCAUUCUGAAACAUUUUUAAAAGUGGUGUACAGAAACUAGCAGUAUUUAUUUUGUGGAGCAGAAUUAAACAGUUAUUCUGCCAA